AUGGAGAAGGGAAACAAGGCCAGGAAAGAGGAGGUCGUCACCAGGGAGUACACCAUCAAUCUCCAUAAACGCCUCCAUGGAUGCACAUUCAAGAAGAAGGCUCCGAAGGCCAUCAAGGAAAUCAGGAAGUUUGCCCAGAAGGCCAUGGGGACCACUGAUGUCCGGGUGGACGUCAAACUGAACAAACACAUUUGGAGCAAUGGGAUUCGAAGUGUGCCGAGAAGAAUCCGUGUCCGCAUUGCGCGCAAGAGGAAUGAUGACGAGGAUGCAAAGGAGGAACUUUACUCUUUGGUCACCGUUGCUGAGAUUCCGGAUGGAGGGAUCAAGGGAUUGGGCACACAAACUUGUACGGCCGAGCACAAGUACAGGGGCGAGUGGAAUUCGACCGGCCUCAACGGUCGAGCACAAGCUCCGGGCCGACCAAGGUUCGACCCACCUCAAUGGUUGAGCAUAAGCUCCGGGUCGUGCAAGGUUCGACCCACCUCAAUGGUCAAGCAUAGGCUCCGGGUCGUGCAAGGUUCGACCCACCUUACUGGCCGAGCAUAA